AUGUCUGGCACGCCCUACUCGACACAGCGUCUUCCGAAUAGACCAGCUGUUCAGCAACGGACUGAAUCAUUCCUUCCGCCACAUGAAUCUGAGGCCAUCACCAGCAUCCCGGUUACCCCAGGAAUCUCCCAGGGCACUUAUGGCGACCCCAACGACGGGAUCCCAACCCCAAUGGGAAUUCCAACGCCAAGGGUGAUCCAAUCUCAACCUGGCAGACAAGAGUAUUUCCCUCGACGACCAGCCAACAAGGCGCUUGCUCAGUCGUCUGCUGUGCCCCCAUUUGGUGAUGGGAUUCUCACUGGAUCGGGGCAGGGCGAAGUUUUUUUAAGCGGGACUGUCCUCUCCGCCACGUUUACUCUACCUCAGCUACUGCGAUAUCGCAAAGGAGGGAAAUGGGAAUUAGAACAUAAGCACCAUUGUUCCACCCAUCUAGACUCGCUCGCAUAUCUCUCCUCGAAAGAGAGUCCAUGGGAUCACACAGUCAUCGCGUGGACUGGAGAGAUAUACCCUGUGUCAGAUGAUGCUUCUUCCUCGCAUGAGCAACUCCAAGAAUCCAUCCCGACAUACAUUUCCCGCAACAGCAAAGCAGCCCUUGAAGAGAAGCUAUAUAAUGACCACAUCCGGACCUUGCCAGUCUGGCUUGCAGACGACUGCGAUAUUAAGGAUGGUGGAAUCAAGCUGAAGCAGCAAUCAAGAUGGAGGCGCUAUGCCGAACAUGAUCUCUGUGCGUUGUUCCAUUAUAAGCAACGUCCUCCAACAGAUGGUCGUCAGGCGGAUAUUAGGUGGGACGACUACCACCGAACGAAUAAGGCGUUUGCAGAUAGAAUCUGUGAAGUAUAUAAACCGGGCGACAUAGUCGUGGUUCACGACCACUACUUGAUGCUUCUGCCAGAACUCCUUCGGCAGCGCCAUCCAGAUAUGCACAUCGUCUUCUUCCUCGAGUCGCCUUUCCCAUCUAGCGAGCUCAUUCGAUGCUUGCACCGGCGAGAGCAAAUAUUGAACGGAAUUCUUGGAUCCGAUCUGAUCUGCUUUCAAGCCUUCCACUUUUUGCAGCACUUUGCCAACUCUUGCACCAGAAUUCUUGGCUACACUGCCAACAAAGGAUGGGUUGAAAGCACCAGAGGACGGGUUCAUCUGACUGUGCUCCCUUCAGGAAUCAAUAUUUCCAAGAUAACAACUCUAGGUUUCUCACCGGCAGUCGACAAAAUGCAUGAGGAACUGCGCAAGCUACACAAGGGGAAAAAGGUUAUCAUUGGCUGCGACCCAAUGAGCCGCUUCGGAGGAGUACACAAGAAGCUCCAGGCUUUCGAAUGCUUCCUCGACCGAUAUCCAAGUUGGCGGCACCACGUCGUCCUGGUGCAAAUCACAAGCCCGGCUACAGUGGAAGACGAUGACGGCGAUAAUAUCCUCUAUGCGCGCCAGGUCAACGACUUGGCCAGCUCGAUCAAUCAGACCUACGGCUCUCUCGACUUCACCCCCGUUCAGAUACACACCCAAAGACUAUCUCAAGACGAGUAUUUUGCCGUUUUACGACUUGGAGAUAUCGCUGUCAACACAUGUGUGCGAGAAGGCAUGAGCACGACAAGUCUAGAAUAUGUCGCUUGUCAACGAGAGAGCCACGGGCCACUCAUCAUUUCAGAGUUCAGCGGGACAGCCAGUAGCUUGGAGGAAGCAAUCCGGAUCAAUCCUUGGGACGUUGGUCAAGUGGCUGACGAGAUGAACAAUGCUUUGAAGAUGUCGCAGAAACAACGGAAUCGUAUGCACAGGGCUCUGUAUCAGCGCGUUGUGGAGGGAAACGUUCAGCUUUGCGUUAGCACCAUGCUGCGACGACUGAUCAAAGUGCUCAAACUUGACGAGAGCCAUAGCAAUAGAUAG